AUGGCAUCCACGCAACGCGGUAUACCAACCCAACAGGUAGACGGCACUCCCGACUACUGCAACGAGGAGGUCUUCAGGAGAAACACGCUGCCGCCACGCUCGUACUACAUCCCCGAGACCGCUCUGCUCCUCAACGGCCAGUGGGACUUUCAUUACGACUCGACCCCCCUCGAGGCGCCAGAGACUGCUUGGGCCAGCGAACCGGCGGCUGCCCAGGGCGAGGACUGGACCACCAUCCAAGUCCCUGGCCACUGGCAGCUACAAGGCCACGGCAUCCCCCACUACACCAAUGUCCAGUUCCCCAUCCCCGUCUGCCCGCCCUUUGUGCCUACAGAGAACCCAACGGGCACGUACCGGCGCACUUUCUACGUCCCCUCGUCGUGGGACUCGACCUCGCAGCUGCGGCUGCGCUUUGACGGCGUCGACAGUGCCUACCAUGUCUGGGUGAACGGCGUUCUUGUGGGGUAUGCACAGGGCCCCCGGAACCCCUCCGAGUAUGAUAUCUCGCCCUACGUCGACAGGAGCGGUCCCAACGAAGUCUAUGUGAGAGUCUACCAGUGGUCCGACGGCACCUACAUCGAGGACCAAGACCAGUGGUGGCUCUCGGGAAUAUUCCGUGAUGUCCACCUCAUUGCCUUCCCGGCCGAGAACCGUCUCGAGGACUGGUUUCUCCGAACCGAUCUGGACAGCAAGUACGAAACCGGCACUCUUAACGCAACUGUCAGUGUGACAGCGAGCACGCCAGCCACCGUCAGAGUGGUCCUUCACGAACUGUCCAAAAAUGGUGGUGGUGUGGUAUCCGUGACAGAAGGCACCCUUAGCGCCGACGGCAAGAUUGAUCUGAGUCUAUCCAUUGACAGUCCCCGGAAAUGGACCGCUGAGACGCCCAACCUCUACGAUGUUGAGAUCUCCCUACUGGUAGGCGAGACCACAGUGCAGAAUGUGACUCAAAGAGUCGGGUUCCGCAAGGUGGAGCUCAAAGACGGCCUGAUCUCGGUCAAUGGCACGGCUCUCAAGUUCAGCGGCGUCAACCGCCACGAACACCACCCGUUGUUUGGGCGGGCUGUGCCACUCGACUUCAUCAAAAGGGACCUGCUCUUGAUGAAGACGCACAACAUCAACGCACUCCGUUGCAGCCACUACCCCAGCCACCCAAAGCUCUUUGACCUUGCCGACGAGCUGGGGCUGUGGGUGAUUGACGAGGCGGACCUGGAAUGCCACGGUUUCUACGACGCUGUUGCACGACCGCAAGACAUCCCGGAAGAGAUGGACUACGAGGAACGCAAGAAGAUGACGUUUCCCAAAGCCGCCAAGUACACGAGCGACAAUCCCUCGUGGAAGGCUGCAUAUCUGGACCGCAUGGUGCAGAUGGUGCAGCGAGACAAGAAUCACACCUCGAUCAUCAUCUGGUCUCUCGGAAAUGAGGCCUUCUAUGGUCAGAACCACAAGACCAUGUAUGACUACGCCAAGGAGGUUGAUCCGGGGCGGCUGGUGCACUACGAGGGCGACCCCCAUGCCGAGUCUGCAGACAUGUAUUCCUUCAUGUACCCGUCGGUCGAGGGCUUGAUCAAGCUGGCCAAGACUGAGGGCGUCGACGCAGAUGGCAGCUUCAAGAAGCCCAUCAUCCUCUGCGAAUAUGCCCACGCCAUGGGGAACGGCCCAGGUUGGCUUGAGGACUACGAAGAAGCAUUCCGCACAUACCCCCGGCUACAAGGAGGUUUCAUUUGGGAAUGGGCAAACCAUGGUCUCUGGAAGGAGAAUCCCGACGACAAGUCCUUUUACGCUUACGGCGGCGACUUUGGCGACACUCCAAAUGACGGCGCUUUUGUCCUGGACGGCCUUCUUUACAGCAACCACAAGCCAACACCAGGGUUAGUUGAGCUCAAAAAGGUCAUCCAGCCUGUGAGGGUGAGCGUUGAGGGGGAUGACAUUGUCGUCCUGAAUCUCUACGACUUUAUCGGAUUGGACCACCUCGUUGCCACGUACAUGGUAGAAGAUUUUGGCGAAAGCGCUUCUCUCCUUGACUCUGGUGUUCUUGAGUUGCCGCCAAUUGCACCUAGGACGAGUGCAAAGGUCCCACUACCUUCCUCUGCUUUGAGCAUCAAGUCGGAGAAGGAAGUCUAUUUGACUAUAUCGCUCAGCCUCCGAGACCCAAAGUCUUGGGGAAAUGCCGGCCAUGAGGUCGCGUGGUUUCAGCACAAACUCUCUAGUUACGAGCCGUCUCUUGCGUCAACGGCCCUAACCCGCGUGUCUUCGGCGUUCCGGUGCGAGCAAGCUGGCGCCAAAACCAUCAUCAAGGGCAGCGGAUCUUCGUUCGUCUUCGACAACGCGCGCGGCCACCUCACCAGCUGGAAGGCCGGAAAUGUCUCCUUCCUUGAAUCUGACCUCGCUGCCAACGGAGCCGCCAUCAGCUUGUCUUUCUGGCGCCCGCCCACCGAUAACGACAGAGCACUGGCACUCCCCUACUGGCAGCGAUUUGGUGUCGAUGCCAUGACAAGCCAGCUGCGGUCUAGCAGCAUCACAUGCACGCCUGAAAAGGUCCAAAUCACCACCACCGCUUUCCUCACCCCGCCCAUUCUCGCCUGGGGCUUUCUCGCCACGACGACCUUCACCAUCUGCCCUCUCGGGACUCUUACCAUCGCCGUGACCCUCAAGCCGUCCGGCUAUGCCCCUCAGGACGUACCCCGCGUUGGCCUCAACAUUCGCCUUCCCCGCCGCCUCAACGCUGUCAAGUGGCACGGCCUCGGGCCCGGCGAGUCGUACCCGGACAAGCGCGCCGCGCAGCGCGUCGGUGUGUGGGCCGUCGGCUCAGUCGCCGAUCUGCAGACGCCUUACGAGGUGCCGCAGGAGAAUGCCAACCGCAUGGCAACGCGCUGGGUUACCCUCGCCGAGCCCCACGGCCGCGGCCUGCGCGCCAUCGCCGGCGACGCCGCGAGCUGGUCCGCCAACUGCGACAGAGCGUUUAGCUUCGCGGCCUCGCACCACAGCGCCGCCGCUAUCCACGCCGCCGCACACCCUUGCGACCUCGCGGAAGAAGAUGCGACGCUUCUGCGGCUCGACGCAAAGGUUGCCGGCGUCGGCACUGCGGCGUGCGGCCCCGGUGUCCGGGAGGAUCUCAAGGUGAAGGUCGAGGAGAUGGCAUUUUCGUUUGUGCUCGAGGCCGUGAGUGUUUGA